AUGGCUUUGGUACUUGCUUCGUUAUGGCUCUGGGGGCGAUAUGAAUGUAGCGUUGAGACUGCCUACGAGAAAAGUUACAGACCUUUGCCUCUCCCGGAGAACCCUCAAUUCAGCACCCAAGAUGUUAGCAUUGUGGUCGCCACGAUAGACACCCCAGACACUCUUCCCAGGUCCUUGUGCCAGUGGCUUAGCAAUGAUCCACAUGAGAUCAUAAUCGUUACAAUCCGGCGAGAUCUUCAACUUGUCCAGUCCCUCGUAUCACAAGCUCCAUUGGCGGCUCGAAUCACUCAGAUUGUCACUUGCGACAUCAUAAAUAAAAGGGAGCAACUUGCCAUGGGCAUCAGACUUGCGCGCAGCAAAAUCAUAGCACUUGUGGACGAUGACGCAUUUUGGCCCGCCACUACGGUGCUGCCGUAUCUGCUGGCUGGACUGGAGGACCCCAAGGUAGGAGGGGUUCAGGGAAAGCAGAGUGCUUACGUUCCAGAGCAUAGACGCAAGGGCAGUGAAAUCACACCAUGGGAGGUGGCAGCCAUUCGCUGUCUGGAAGUUCAGAAUCGAAUUCAAGCCGUGCGAUUUGCAGCAGAUGAGGGCUGCUUCUCCCUCAUAGGCCGUACCGUUCUCUUACGCUCGAGUAUUUUGCAAGACGAGGAGUUUCUGCACGCGAUGUGCAAUGACUAUUGGGCGGGAAACAAGCUCAGCACAGGAGACGAUUGCUUCAUUUCCCGCUGGAUGAUGGCUAGAGAUUGGAAAUUCUGCAUCCAGAACGCGGCUGAGGCAGAGAUCUUGACCUUGAUACCGAGCGACAGCAAGAUGUUGCUUCAGAAUGUGCGGUGGAAAAGGAGCUCGUUGCAGUCUUGCUGGACGAUCUUGUUCUAUUCGCCUGGCUUCUGGCAUUUUGUCCGGUAA